UCUCAAACAAGGAAGACGAGAUGGCGGCCCAUAAAACCUUCAGAAUUAAGCAAAAGCUUGCUAAGAAGUUGAAACAAAACCGUUCCGUGCCACAAUGGAUUCGUUUGCGCACAGGCAACACCAUUAGAUAUAACGCCAAGAGACGCCACUGGAGACGCACCAAGUUGAAGUUGUAAGCUGCAUCCUACAGUUCCCACUGCAACACAAUGAUGGGAAUGCUUCUGGUUGAUGUUCUUCAUCUUCAAUUAUUUAGUAUGUUCGCUGAGAUACUGUGUGUCAGGUAAAAAAAAAAAAAAAAAAA